AUGCGUGGCAAGCUGAGAAAGCAGUCUUCCAUCCAGGCGCCUCAGAGGCACCAGAAGAAGCAGCCUUCCAUCCAGGCGCUUGCGCCUCAAGGUGAGACUCACGCCCCACCACUCCACCCACCCUCGCCCCAGCCUGGCGGUGCCACACCAAGCAAGCGCCCCCGGAGCAUGAGAGCCAGAGCCCCCAGCAGGCGCCACACCCAUUCACCCCAGCUCCUGGUGGCCCCUGAAUUGCCCUUUGAGUCGACUGACAAGCCGCCUCGAAGCCACAGAGCCAGAGAGAGAGUUGAUUGCAGGCGCCGCACACAGGCAGCCCAGCAGCUGCUGCUUUCCCCUUCUCUGGCCUUGCAUCGAGUGCAUUGCGCGUCUGAUGCCGUCGCAGGUGAUUGUGAGCGCAGCGGUGGAGGGGAGGAAGGGGAGAUGAGAGGUGGGAGGAGAGGGGAGAGGAGGGGUGAGAGGAGAAGCGAGAGGAGGGGAAGGAGAGGUGAGGGACUGGGAGGGAGGGGCGUUGGGGAUGGAGAAAUUGGUGGGGUGAUGGAGUGUAGAGGUGGGGAUGGGGAGGGAGAUGAGGGUCGUGACGGGGAGGGAGAUGAGGGGCGUGAUGGGGAGGGAGAUGAGGGGCGUGAUGGGGAGGGAGAUGAGGGGCGUGAUGGGGAGGGAGAUGAGGGGCGUGAUGGGGAGGUCGCAGUGGAGGUGAUGGGUGCAUUUUACGAUGACUUGAGUGAUGAAGGCUGGGUCAGCGAAGCUGCUUGUAACGAGGACAGCAGCAGUGAUUACAGUGGAGGUGCUUCGGUGGCACGGCAUUGCAGUCGCACGGAUGGCAAGGGGUGGGUGUGUAUGAGGAUUCCGAGGCUCGGAUUCUCCCUGUGCGAUCACCACAUUGGGAAAGCGGCAAAGCUGGUGGCAAAAAAACGGGAAGAGAAGCUGGUUGCAGCUGCUGGGGACAUUGAGGAAGGGGAGGAGGACGGGGGGGACGGGGAGGAAGGGGAGGAGGACGGGGAAGGGUGUGAUGGUGGAAAGAAGGGUGAAAUGCAGAAGGGUGGAAUGAAGGAGCGGAGAGUUGAUAGUUCUCAUAGUUAUGCCAUGGGUAGGGAGAUGAGGAGGGUAAGGAGAGUGAGACACAAGAAGAGCAAGGGCUGA